GGGACAUUAAGUCAUUUUAACCCUACGCCUCUUUCACUCUGGGACUUCAAUAAUUCGUAAAAAAAAAUGCUUAUCCAUCCUGUGCUCGUCUUUGUAGCUAGCAAUGCCAUUGUGGUUCUUACAGCAGGUUACACGGACCGUGGAUCGUUUCUACGAUAUGCAUCGCUGCUCGUAUUAGCUGGUUUUGCGUAUCUGAUGCCUCGCGCUCUCGUGUCUUUUUCAUCCACGACAGGCUGGGUUGGACGAGUAUCAUCAGGGGCAGUGUUUUGGUCCAUCAUCACGGUCUUCGACAGACUUAUCCUGCGCGGCUGGGACUAUCGCAAUUAUAGAUCUCAUCUGCUAGACGACAAGAAGCGCAGCAUCAAGCAACAUGAAAUGAGACCGGGAGAUGUCGCAAAAGUGCGCAUGGAUUUUGGAUCCGAGGUGUCCGGUGAAGCGCGCGGCGUCGGCAAGUUCUGGGAGGUGAAAAAUGUACCGCCCUUUUCAAGGAAGGACACCAGGUUUGUGCCCUCGAGAGGCUCUUUUGUCUUCUGGCAAGCCUUUACCGUAGUGGUAUGCUACUUCGUGCACAACUGGGCUGUCGCGAUGAUGGUGGGCUUGGACCGGAACCUCUUGCAGGAAGAAUAUAUUCCUUUGCUAAUCAGGCUUUCGGAGCUCACGUUCGAAGAGAUAUACACACGGGUUGUGGCCACAUUCUCCUAUUGGGCCGCACAAUAUUGCAUGAUGCAAUUUUUCUAUUCCGUCGCGGCGCUGUGCACUGCCAUCUUCAAGCCACUGGAUAUCCCACUUUUCCGGCCACUCUUUGGCUCUCCUCAAGAUGCAUACACAGUUCGUAACGCAUGGGGGAAGUCGUGGCAUCAAACUCUACGGUCUGGUCUGGAAGGCACUUCGGGCUUUCUUGCACAUGAUGUACUCUGCCUUCCACGCAGCGGUUUGCUACAGCGAUAUGUUAAAAUCCUCAUUAGUUUCUGCAUUUCGGGUAUUAUGCACGUGUUUGCCGAUAUGGGCGGUGGCUUGUCCAUGCUUCAGUCGGGAUCGCUGCAGUUUUUUUCCAUGCAAGCCAUCGGAAUCAUGAUCGAGGAUGCGGUGCAAGCGCUUUUUGGAAAGAGUUUUCAACCAGAGAACGCUCAUGCUCGCGCAAUCGGGAGGCUAUUUGGAUAUUUGUGGGUAGCCUUCUUUUUCACCUGGACAUCACCGGUAUGGAUAUACCCCGUCAUACUUAAUACUCGAAGGAGCGAUGCCUUGUUGGGAUUUGCUGCUGUCAAGCCCGUCAUUUUGGGGAAGCAAGUCGAGUGAGGAACAUCGUUUCCAUUCUUCGAUCCCGCAAAAGAAGAUACCCAUAGAGUUCUAUAGUCUAAGCUUUCUCAGUCAUAUUGCGCUGAGUCAAUUUCAUGGCUGUAACGGCACAGCAAAGAAUAAGAAAAGCAG